UGGGUGAUUUUAAUCUGUCUAUAAAUAUGAGCCUAGUUUAUUCUCAGUUCUUCAAUUCAUUCCACUUCACAAUUCAGUUAACUACUUUAUCCCUUUGAUUAAAAUAAACCAAAUAUAUUUCAUAAGGAGUAGAUCUCAAUAAUGCUUUAUUGUGGGUUCAAAUUACUCUUUUGUUUGGUGACCAUUCUAUGCAUCAACUGGUCAUGUGCAGAAGAUUUUCAUACAAACAAGUGUGUGGAGAAAGAGAAGAGAGCUCUCCUCAAGUUUAGAGAUGCUAUCAAUCUUAAGUACAGGGAUGGAAUUUCAUCAUGGAAAGGUGAAGAAUGUUGCAAAUGGGAAGGAAUUUCAUGUGAUAAUUUAACUGGUCAUGUAACCAGUUUGGAUCUCGAAGCUUUUGAUUAUACUAAAGCAUUGCGAGGUAAGUUAGAUUCUUCAAUAUGUGAACUUCAACAUCUAACUUCUUUAAAUCUCCAUGGUAAUCAAUUUGAAGGAAAGAUUCCAAAGUGCAUUGGUUCACUUGAUAAGUUGAUAGAACUGAAUCUUCAUGAUAACAAUCUUGUUAGUGUCAUUCCUCCUAGUCUAGGGAACCUUUCCAAUUUGCAAACACUUGACCUUGGAUAUAAUUCCUUAACAACAAAUGACCUUGAAUGGCUUUCUCAUCUCUCUAAUUUGAGAUACCUUGAUCUAUCAUAUGUUAAUCUUACUCAAGCUGUUGAUUGGUUGUCAUCAAUAAGCAAAAUUCGUUAUCUAUCUCAACUUAAUUUAUAUGGUUGUGGGCUCCAUCAAGUCAAUCCUAAAUCCAUUCCCCUCCUGAAUACUUCAAUUUUUCUAAAAUCUCUCGAUCUCUCAGAUAAUGGUUUAAACUCUUCCAUUGUGCCAUGGGUAAUUAAUGUUAGCAAAGUCCUCACACAUCUUGAUCUCUCAAAUAAUCAAAUCGAGAGUAGCGUACUAAAAUCUUUUCGGAAUAUGUCUCAAUUGCAAGAGUUACUACUAAACACCAAUAAAUUGUCCGAAAAGCUUAGUGACAACAUACAACAAUUAUGUUUAGCAAAAAAUGGUUUAAGGAAAUUGGAUCUAAGCAAUAACCCAUUCAAUGUGAGGCCACUUCCCAAUUUUUCAUGUUUUCCAUUGUUGGAGACAUUAUCUCUUCAAAAUACCAAUGUUAUCGGGCCAUUUCCGAAAUCAUUUGUUCAUUUGCGUUCCCUUGCAUAUUUAGAUCUUAGUUUUAACCAAUUGAAUGGAUCACAACCACUGUUUGAGAUAACUAAACUUAUUUCACUAGACACACUUUAUCUAUCCCAUAAUCAUUUGAGUGGGCCAAUUCCACAUACAAUUGGCCAACUUUCUGGUCUUCGAAGUUUGUUUCUCUCUUCAAAUAAGUUGAUUGGUGUCAUUAAUGAAACACAUCUAUCAAAUUUAUCUCAAUUGACAUUUUUCGAUGUGUCUCAAAAUUCACUUUCAUUCAACUUCAGUUUAGAUUGGGUUCCUCCUUUCAAACUCUUUGACCUAUAUGCAUCAUCGUGUAUAUUAGGUCCUAAAUUUCCAGUAUGGCUUAGACAUCAAGGGGGACUUGAGUAUCUUGACAUCUCUCAUAGUAGUAUUUCAGAUUCAUUUCCUAAAUGGUUUUGGAAGCUAUCUUUGAGUUUGCGAUACUUGAAUGUUUCACAUAACAUACUUAAAGGAAUGUUGCCAAAAUCGUUUACAAAAACAAAAGUUUAUGAUCGUAAGUUGUAUGUAUGGGAUUUUAGUUUCAAUAAUUUGAAUGGUUCAUUGCCUGCUUUUCCAGAACUGGGUGCUCUAUUUCUCUCAAAUAAUAUGUUUACAGGGUCCUUGUCUUCUUUUUGUACAUCCUCAUCUCAAAAUUUAAUUCAUUUAGACUUGUCUAGUAAUAUGUUAGUGGGGCCACUUCCAGAUUGUUGGGAGAAGUUUCAAUCUUUAAGAGUUCUAAAUUUGGCACAGAAUUAUUUGUCAGGGAAAGUACCCAACUCACUUGGUGCUCUAGAAAAAAUUGAAUCACUCCAUUUAAAUAAUAACAACUUCUCCGGUGAAAUUCCAUCUUUGAUCCUUUGUCAAAACUUGAAAUUAAUUGAUGUUGGAGAUAACAAUCUUCAAGGAGCAUUACCUAUGUGGAUAGGCCAUCAUCUUCAUCAAUUGAUUGUUUUACGUAUGCGGGGAAAUAAAUUUCAAGGAAACAUUCCUACAAGUUUGUGUAAUCUAUCAUUUCUUCAAGUAUUGGAUCUUUCUGAAAACAAUAUAACCGGGGAAAUACCACAAUGCUUUGAUCAGAUAGUUGCUUUAACAAAUUUGAAGUUUCCAAGAAAAAUAUUUCAGCAUUUCCCAUUCAUUGCCAUUAACAUUGUGCAAAAUGAAUGGAAUGAAAUUGGCAUCUUUAAUGACAAGGAAAUAUUGGCAUGGAAAGGAUCAAACAGAGAAUAUGGAAAAAUUCUUGAAUUGGCGAUAUUUAUCGAUCUUUCUUGCAACCAAUUAACCGGAGAGAUACCUCAAAGCAUAACGAAACUCGCAGCAUUAGCUAGUUUAAACCUUUCAAGGAAUAAUCUCACAGGAUUAAUUCCCAAUAACAUUGGUCAUAUGAAAAUGUUAGAAUCGCUCGAUUUGUCAAGAAACCAUCUUUCUGGUAGAAUGCCAACAAGCUUUUCAAAUUUAACAUCUCUUAGUUACAUGAACUUGUCUUUCAACAACUUAGAAGGCAAAAUUCCAAUAAGCACUCAGCUACAAACUUUUGAUUCCUAUUCAUAUGUGGGGAAUAAUCGACUUUGUGGACCACCACUCAUAAAUCUUUGUCCAGCCGAUGUGAUUUCUUCAACUAGAAUCAAUGAUAAACAUGUCACUAUUGAAGAAGAUGAAGAUAAGCUCAUAACCUUUGGGUUUUAUGUUAGCUUGGUACUUGGUUUCAUAAUUGGAUUUUGGGGAGUUUGUGGAAGUCUAGUGAUAAAAACAUCAUGGAGACAUGCCUAUUUCAAAUUCUUCAACAACAUGAAUGAUUGGAUCCAUAUCACACUAGCAGUUUUUGUAAAUAGGUUGAAGAAGAGAUUCCAAGUAGAAGACUAGCAGGCAAAGCUUCAAAUGAGAGAGUGAUAUGUUGCAACAUCUUCAUCAACAUUUGGAACAUGCAUGUUAAAUCCAAGAGUAUUGUUUGGAGUACUCUCUUGCAACCUUUUUCUCUCUUCAGCCAUCACCGUUGUACUUGAUAUAUUAUAGAGUGCAUGAAGUUAUCUUUCUUGGUCUAUAUUUUAGAUUCUUAAUGAACUUCGAUUUUUGUGUAAUGUUGCUUAAAUCCUCAUGUACAUGGGAAGGAAUUAUGUAUGUGAAUGUUU